UUAUCAUUUAUAUUCACCCAAGUUUUCUUGUUGUUUGGACAGAUUGUUUAGUUGAAGUGGGAUGACUCAUUAUCCAGACUAUAGCUCUAUAUUAGGUCGGGGUGGAUCAACAUUGAGACAUGGUGGUCGAUCUAUAUCAGGCCGAGGUCGAUCAACCGCAAGUAUUCGUCAGAAGUCUGUUAGCUCCAAAUUAGUCUCCAAUAACUCACCAGAAUUAGGAAUGCCUCCAUGUAUACAUCCAAAUAUUCAAGCACCAUAAGUGAGCCCUUCAAUUACACAAUCUCCUCAAACUUCACAGCCUCCGCUAACUCCACAUGCCGAGGCAUCUACCCAUGUCUCUGAGGGCCAACAUGAGGCAACAGAGGAUCAAUCCAAUGAAUCUAAUAGCACUGGACCCCCUUGGUUUAUUACUCCUGAUAGUGUAGUUAUAGAUUACGAAGUUAAAAAAGCAAUACAUGAUUUGGUCCAAGGCCACUACAAAGAACCAUGGACCGGAUGGGGAAAAGUGCCUAGAGAUGUGCGACAGAGAAUGUUCACAACUUUUAGGGGUAUUUACACAUGGGAGUCGCAGCAUGAGUCUAUGAUAUUAUGUCAUUUCAACCAUGAGGCGAGUGAGUGGUUGAAAAAACAUUUGUACCUUGCUCGCACUCUUUACAAGGCUCCACUUGAGUGGAUGACCCCUUCGGUUUGGGAGAGUUUGCAAAAAUAUUGGGGGUCGGAAGAGUUCAAGAAAAUAAGUGAGCAAAACAAAAAGAACAGGGCAGUAAAUGGAAGUUCUUCGAUUGUAAUCUAUCGUGGUGGAUCUGUCAGCACUGCUAUACACCGCCUCAGGCUUAUUGAAGAAUUGGGUAGGGAACCGACACCGAAAGAAUGUUUCAUCCGCACUCAUGGGAAGAAGGAUGGCACUCUCGAGGGUGAGCGUGCUACACAAAUUGUUGAACAAUUUGAUAAAGCCCUUGCAGAUAAGCGUGAUCAAGGGGAAGAUGAAAAUUCUAUCAACCAAAAUGAAUUGUGGGACCGCAUUGCUAUCGGAAGUCGUAAUAGAGUGUUAGGAAAGGGUAAUAUAAGUAGGCAAAUGUCUUCAAUCAAUUACAAGCCACGUUCAGGGCCUUCUCAAUCAAGUGGACAACUAUAUGACCAAAUUAAUGAGUUACAGGCAGAGCUUGCUAAAACCCAAGCUAAGCACAAUGCAAUGCUUGCCGAGCAUGAUACGAUGCGAGCCGAACAUGAUGCAAUGCGGAUUGAGUGGGCUCGUCGUGAGUCAUUUGAAAUGUCAUUGCUUGCAGCACUUAGGUUGAAGGGCAUUGACCUCUCCGAUAUGCAUGUUGCUACUCUCACGCGAUCUAUCCCUAGAGCACCAACAGUGGAGGCGCAAUCGCAUGUUGAUGAGCACUCUCCAACGAGAAAAAGGCCUCGCACCACACUCGUUGCCGACAACACUCUUGAUGGCCUGAAUGAUAAAGAGGAUAUAUGUUAAAGCUUACUUUGAGUUUUAUCUUGUUGAUGUUGUUGGUGUAGAAGUUAAUUUUUUUUCAAUUGGCUGAUAAAGAAGAUGAAGCAACAAUUCAAGCCAUAGUUCACUUAAAUUUAUUUAGCAACAAUUCAUUCUAAUGUUUUCAAAUUUUUUUGUUGAAGGUAAAGGUCAUGAAUUGUCAUUCAGUGUAUUUUACAUUAGCCUUCUUUGUUUGAACAGGAUGGAAGGAAAAAAUUACGCCAUGCACAAAGAAACCUCCAUCUUUUGUUGAAACCAGAAUUAUCAAGCAUAUGUGGAACUUUGAGGCUUC